AAAAACAAGCACUCACAAAUACGAACGCCGCGCAAUUCGCCUGCUCCUUGCAACCUGAGAGUUCACCGCGGCGUACGGGCGAACCUUCUGGAAGCUUCCCUUCGCUGUCCCGUCGACACGCCGCGGUGGCGCCGCCCACGCCCCAGGCGCCGGUCCUCUCCCGCCGCAAGACCGCCUCCGCCGAGGCGAAGCCGUCGGAGGCAGCGACCACCAGCCUCGCCGGCGCCCUCGCGCGCGAGCGAAUAAGGCGCCGCGGUGAGCGGGAGGAAGAGGAGGAGGCGGCGCCGUUCUGGCAGAGAACCUGGUUCCUGGCACUGCUGCUCGGGAUGGCCGCCGCGUCGUUCGCGCUCGCGCUUCUGCUCUACCUCGGCCUCGACCUCCCCGAGGCGUCGCCGUCGCAAUCCUACGCCGCUGACCUGGACACCGCUGUCGAGAUUUCCUACGGAUCAGUGAUCAAGUUGAUGCAUGAGAGGACCAAGUUUCGGCUGCAUUCCCACGACGUGCCGUAUGGAUCUGGUAGCGGCCAGCAGUCGGUCACCAGCUUCCCCAAUGUGGAUGACGCUAACAGCUACUGGAUUGUGAGACCUCAACCGGAUACGUCAGCAAAACAAGGUCAUGCUAUAACACCUGGAACAAUCGUCCGGCUUCAACAUAUGAGGACUAGAAAGUGGUUGCACAGUCAUCUGCAUGCUUCUCCCAUUACAGGGAAUCUGGAGGUUAGUUGCUUUGGUGGUGAGGGUGAGUCAGAUACAGGAGACUAUUGGAUGCUCGAGAUUGAGGGCAGUGGGAAAACAUGGCGUCAAAACCAACAAAUUCGGUUGCGCCAUGUUGACACUGGUGGCUAUCUGCACAGCCAUGACAGGAAGUAUACCCGCAUUGCAGGUGGACAGCAAGAGGUAUGCGGUGUUGGCGACAAGCGACCCGACAAUGUCUGGAUUGCAGCUGAAGGUGUCUACUUUCCGGUGAGCCAGGCUAAAUAGCUCCCUUGCUGGAUGAGAGGUGUCAUCACUGAAAUAACAAUUUGUGUAUGAUUCGGAAUACUGGACUUGUAAUCAUUAGAAAUGUUUGGCUACGUCCGAGUUCAGUUAACUCGAGCUGUUAGUGUUAUGUAAGCUUGUUGUAUAUGAACUGAAGAGCACAUGAUGCUGCCUAUUACCAUUUCGUUCGUGCUU